AUGGAGAAUGAUGCGGAUGGAAUUAUUUUGGCAUUUAUAAAUCUUCUCACAUCCGAAUUACAAAUUGAGGAAAUUUUUUCUUUUGAUGAAAUCCUAUGUUUGCUGCCUAUUCUUAUUAAAAUGAUCCAAACUGGUGAAUUAACCUUCAAAAGUGAUUUUGACUUUAAAUUUAAAGAUGCCGUUGAAUUUAUUAAAAAAGAAUUGGGAAGCAAGUCUGUGGAACUUUUGAAGCCUGAAAAUGCGGAUGAUGGAGAUAAACAAGAGAUUGCUAAUAUAAUAUUUGCCCUCUUAUUUAUUUUAUAUAAAAAUCAAAGGGCUAAAUUUGAUCAAAUAUGUGAAAAAUUGGAUGGAAAAAAUUCUGUUGGGAUUAGAAAUUUGUUAAAACGUUUGGAUAGUUUUGAUCGUUUUUCACCAAUACCCUUUACUUCAAUUUUAAACAAUUCUUCUUCAAAUAAUUUAUUUUCUUCAAAUAACUCAAAUUUUCAAAUAUUUUCUUCACAACACGAAAAAGAAAAAUUGGAAGAAAUAUCAAAAUAUAAAAUUAAAUCGGCAGAAUUGGAAGCUAAAUAUAGCCAAAUUGAGUCAAUUAAUUCAAAAUUAAAUGAACAACUUGGAAAUGCUCAAAAUGAAUUUGCUGAUUUGGAAAAUAAAUUUGAGAGGUUAAAACAGGCUGAUAAUGAAAAGCAAGGAUCUAUAGAACUUUUAAAUAUUCAAUUGAGAGAAAUUACAGACGAAAUGGAGACUUUACGUUAUACAAAUUUGGAAUUACAAAAAGAAUUAAAAUCUUUAAAGGAAACCCAUUCCCGUGCCCUUCAAAAAUCAGCACAAGAUUUAAAAUUGAAGGAAGAGGAAGUUGGAUUGCUUUAUAUUAGAUUAGAUACUUUAGUUAAACAAAUAACAGAUAAGGACUCUUCUGAAAAUAAAUUAAAAUUUAUGGAACAACAAUUAGCUAAUCAGCAGGGGACAAUUGGGGAAUUAAGGAGUGGUCUUGAACAAGCUUUGGAUAGAGCUAAUUUUGCAGAAAAAGAAUUAAUUAAAUAUAAAGGACUACACAACAAUUCUAUUAACCUUCAAAAUAACACAACUUUUCAAAAUGAUUCAGAUAAUUCUAUUUCUCUUCAUGAUGAUUUAAAUUCUUGUAAAAUUACAGAAAAUCAUAGGUUUUAUUUUUAA